CAUUAAGGAAGACGGUAACACUUUGGCCAUAAACAUCUCUAAAUUAUAUCCUGUUGCACUUUUCUUCAGUCUAAAUGGACAGGGAAAGAAAUCAGUACAUUCUUUUCAGCAUCUGAUAAAAUAAACCACGAAGCAGUGACAAAGCAGCAGCGUUUAAAUAACUCCUUCAAAAUUAUUUGUCAAAGGAACAGUCCUGUUCAUUGAACUGUCUGAAGUCCUGUGGAUGGACUCAGAUAGCAGAUGUCUUCUGAUUUGAAUCUUCAGUGCCCUUUUCUGUGUUGUACAUAUGUGUUUCCAAAUUUAUCUUUAGAAGAACAGUUGUCUCCAAUCUCACGCUCACCAUGAGAGAAAGGAAUUAGUUUGUUUAUUCAUGUCAGGUGAUGUUUGAGAGACUUGUGUGACAUACAUCACUAAUCUACUGCAUGUCUUUACACAGAACAUACUUCCAUAGGUUUUUAAUAGAUACCUGAGAAAUUUAAAAACUUGCUAAAAUAGUUUUCCAGUACAAAAAAAGUACAACAGUUUUUAACUGUAUAUUUGUCAAUUCACAUUCUCAGGCUGCAGUAGGUUCCAGAAUCCAUGUGUUCCCUACUGAUCGCAACCCCUCUGGAAUCUACCAGAAGAGCUCUGUUCCCUGGAAAAAUCAUGGAGCAGGUCCCCAAGGAAUCGAUUCUGAAGCACUUAGAGGAGAGGAAAGUGAUCAGGAACAGUCAGCAUGGAUUCACCAAGGGCAAGUCAUGCCUGACUAACCUCAUUGCCUUCUAUGAGGAGAUAACUGGCUCUGUGGAUGAGGGGAAAGCAGUGGAUGUGUUAUUCCUUGACUUUAGCAAAGCUUUUGAUACGGUCUCCCACAGUAUUCUUGCCGGCAAGCUAAAGUAUGGACUGGAUGAAUGGACUAUAAGGUCGAUAGAAAGCUGGCUAGAUUGUCUGGCUCAACGGGUAGUGAUCAAAGGCUCCGUGUCUAGUUGGCAGCCGAUAUCAAGCAGAGUGCACCAAGGGUCGGUCCUGGGGCUGGUUUUGUUCAAUAUCUUCAUUAAUGAUCUGGAGGAUGGCGUGGACUGCACCUUCAGCAAGUUUGCAGAUGACACUAAACUGAGAGGCAUGGUAGAUACACUAGAGGGUGGGGAUAGGAUACAGAGGGACCUAGACAAAUUAGAUGAUUGGGCCAAAAUAAAUCAUAUGAGGUUCAGCAAGGACAAGUGCAGAGUCCUGCACUUAGGACGCAAGAAUCCCAUACACUGCUACAGACAAGAGACUGAGUGGCUAGACAGCAGUUCUGCAGAAAAGGACCUAGGGGUUACAGUGGACGAGAAGCUGGAUGAGAGUUGACGGUGUGCCCUUGUUGCCAAGAAGGCUAACGGCAUUUUGGGCUGUGUAAGUAGGGGCAUUGCCAGCAGAUCGAGGGACGUGAUCAUUCCCCUCUAUUGAGCAUUGGUGAGGCCUCAUCUGGAGUACUGUGUCCAGUUUUGGUCCCCCCACUACAAGAAGGAUGUGGAAAAAUUGGAAAGUGCCCAGCGGAGGGCAACAAAAGUGAUUAGGGGGCUGGAGCACAUGACUCGUGAGGAGAGACUGAGGGAACUGGGAUUGUUUAAUCUGCAGAAGAGAAGAAUGAGGGGGGAUUUGACA